GAACCCGGCGGGGGUUCUUCAGAACCCGGAUGUCUGGGAGAUCAGGAACAUCUUCAGUCUGAGCCUUUAAACCGUUUCUCUGGAAAAUCAAAGUUUCUUCAUGUUUGAUCUUCAGUCCAACAAAUGCUGAGGAGGCCGGAUCACAAACUUCUGCAGGACACCAGCAGGGGGCGGGGCUAAAUUCCACAGGCGGGAUCAGGAGUGGGCGGAGCCUUGAGUUGGAGCCUGCAGCUGUGAGUCUGCAGUCACACGGUGUGAGGAGACGGCGAGCUGCCAUGGCCUGUCUGAUGGCCGCCUGGUCCAUGCACAACCCCAGCGUGACCAACUCAAUCCUCAUGAACACCAACGGACCCCCGGACCUGAUGCUGGACCCGAGGAUGGUCGGCGUCUGCAUGGACGAGGUGGUGAGGCGGCCGACGGGAACCCAGCAGCUGGCGCCACCGCCGCCGCAGGGACACCUGAAGAAGGUGGACAACGGCCUGACCGAGGCCCAGAGGUUCUCCUCGUUACCACGGAGACCGGCGGUCAACAUCGAGUUCAGAGACGUCUCGUACUCCAUCAGAGAAGGCCCCUGGUGGAGGAAGAAAGGUUUCAAAACUCUGCUCAAAGGGAUCUCUGGGAAAUUCACCAGUGGGGACCUGGUGGCCAUCAUGGGGCCCUCGGGGGCCGGGAAGUCCACGCUCAUGAACAUCCUGGCCGGGUACAGGGAGACGGGCAUGAAGGGCGAGAUCCUGAUCAACGGGCAGCCCAGGGACCUGCGCUCCUUCAGGAAGGUGUCCUGCUACAUCAUGCAGGACGACAUGCUGCUGCCCCACCUGACCGUGCACGAGGCCAUGAUGGUUUCUGCUAACCUGAAGCUGCAGGAGAAGCUGGAGGCUCGCCGGGAGAUGGUCCAGGAGAUCUUGCGAGCUCUGGGUCUGCUGGACUGCUCCAGAACCAGGACGUCCCACCUGUCGGGGGGUCAGAGGAAGAGGCUGGCCAUCGCGCUGGAGCUGGUCAACAAUCCCCCGGUCAUGUUCUUUGAUGAACCCACCAGCGGUCUGGACAGCUCGUCCUGCUUCCAGGUCGUGUCUCUCCUCAAAGCUCUGGCUCGCGGCGGUCGGACCGUCAUCUGCACCAUCCACCAGCCCAGCGCCAAACUCUUCGAGCUCUUCGAUAAGCUCUACGUGCUCAGCCAGGGUCAGUGCAUCUACCGGGGGAAGGUGAGCAGCCUGGUUCCGUACCUGCAGGAUCUGGGCCUGAGCUGCCCCACCUACCACAACCCCGCCGACUUCGUCAUGGAGGUGGCGUCGGGGGAGUACGGGGACCAGAUGGUGAGACUGGUGAAGGCCGUUCAGGACAGGAAGUGGGAGGAGCUUCAGAUGGACGCCGACGGAGACACGAAACUCCUGUGGCAGCGCGGCGAGGAGGAGAGCUCCUCGUCUGAAGGCUGCCACAGUUUCUCUGCCAGCUGCAUGACCCAGUUCAGCAUCCUGUUCCGGAGGACCUUCCUGAGCAUCCUCAGAGACUCGGUCCUGACUCACCUGAGGAUCUCGUCCCACAUCGGGAUCGGGAUCCUGAUCGGUCUGCUGUACCUGGGCAUCGGCAACGAGGCAAAGAAGGUUCUGAGCAACUCGGGCUUCCUCUUCUUCUCCAUGCUGUUCCUCAUGUUCGCCGCCCUCAUGCCCACCGUCCUCACCUUUCCUCUGGAGAUGGCCGUCUUCCUGAGGGAACAUCUGAACUACUGGUACAGCCUGAAAGCUUACUACCUGGCCAAGACGAUGGCGGACAUGCCCUUCCAGGUGGCGUUCCCGCUGGUGUACUGCAGCAUCGUCUACUGGAUGACGGCUCAGCCGCCGGACGCCGCGCGCUUCUUCCUCUUCCUGUCUCUGGGGGUUCUGACGUCUCUGGUGGCGCAGAGUCUAGGUCUGCUGAUCGGCGCCGCCUCCACCUCCCUGCAGGUGGCCACGUUCGUGGGUCCGGUCACCGCCAUCCCGGUUCUGCUGUUCUCCGGGUUCUUCGUCAGCUUCGACACCAUCCCCUGGUACCUGCAGUGGAUUUCCUACAUCUCCUAUGUCAGGUGGGGGCGCCGUUCCACAGAACACACAGGUACGGCUUCGAGGGCGUCAUCCUGUCCAUCUACGGUCUGGACCGGGCCGACCUGCACUGCGAUGAGAACGACACCUGUCACUUCCAGAAGUCGGACGCCAUCCUGAAGGAGCUGGACAUGCUGGACGCCAAACUCUACCUGGACUUCCUCAUCCUCGCCGUUUUCUUCCUGUCUCUGAGACUCAUCGCUUACUUUGUCCUGCGCUACAAGCUCCGAUCUGAGAGGUAGACCGGGACCAGGAGGUCCAGACCAGGACCAGGAGGUCCAGUGGACCUGGUUCCAUGAGACUCUGGAGGACGAAGAGAAGACAGGAGGAGAUGGUGGAUCCACUCUGAUUCAGGUCCUGCAGGACCAGAGCUGGUCUCUAGUUUCCUGAAGGUUUCUUUGUGCCACAAAUUAAAAGUCUACAGGAAGACUGAGUCCUGCUUUUCAGAAUAAAAGCCUGGCUUUCAGAUCCUCUUGUUUUAGUAAAACUGGAAGCAGAAGAAGAAGAUGUAAUCUGUAAUAUCUGCUCCAUCCAGGCGGAGCUCCUCCUCCUUUAAGAUGGUUUAAAUCCAAACAACCUGGAGCCAGGUCAGUUCAGCAGAUCACCACUGGGAGGGGGGGGUCACAUUGAGCCAAUCUCUAUUCACUAUUAUUAAAAAACAUUCAAACUAACAUCCUCAAACUAGAAUCGUUCAUUAAAAAAUAAACAUUUUUAUGCAGAAAACAGCGGGACAGGAAACAGAAGCAGAACCAUUGAUUUCAAAAUAAAAGAAAACUGGAUUUAAGAGACUCAACAGGAUCUUUACUGGAACCAGCUGUUCCCUCGUUCCCACUCUGCUUGAAAUGUGAUGACGUUCUAGUGAUGCGAUAAUGCUGCUAAUAAAGUUACA